AUGAUGCUUCACGACGUACUGGAUUACCCUUUCAUUCAACUUAAGCUAAUUGCAUCAGUUUUACUUGAUCUUUUGAGCAUCAAAAUGUCAAGUUCAAACACCAUGGCUGUUUCAUUGUUGAUCCUUUCCAUUUUAUCUGCUCAUAUGAUCAGCUCCACGGCAGCUAGUUAUCGCGGGCUCGGGAUUAUGGAGAAAAGGAUCAAUAGCAGACAGGUUCUAAGUGAAUUGGUCUUGAAUUUUUCAAAGAUGAAGCAAAGUAAUAGGAGGGAAAUGAAAAGUACAGAUAGAGAAACACCCGAAGGACCUGAUCCACAGCAUCACUAG